AUGACAGACGAGAACAAACUGGACUUUGCGUGGUUGCCACAGGACACCACAGCGCUAGCUGAUGGAGAGUACGAUGUGAUUGUGCUAGGAACAGGUCUAAAGGAGUGUAUUCUGAGUGGACUGCUCGCUGUAAACGGCAAGAAGGUGCUAGUUGUCGAUCGCAAUUCGUACUACGGCGGUGAGUGCGCAUCGCCGAAUCUGACGAACCUUUACAAGAAGUUUAAGCCUGACCAAGAACCACGCACUGAUUUGGGUGCGGACCGUGACUACAAUGUGGAUCUGGUGCCCAAGUUCAUCAUGGCAUGUGGCAAAUUGGUCAAGAUGCUGCUACAUACCAAAGUAACGCGGUAUUUGGAGUUUAAGAAUGUGGACGGCAGUUAUGUGGUAAAGGGUGGACGCAGCUACAAAGUCCCUGCUACUGGAGAGGAAGCCUUGCGCUCAUCGCUCAUGGGGAUGUUUGAGAAGCGCAAGUUCCGUAAGCUCAUUAUGUACAUCUACAACUACGAGGAAGACAACCCCAAGACAUACGAGGGCAUGGACCUGUUUAAACAGCCUAUGAGUGAUCUCUUUGAAAAGUACGGAGUCGAUGCUAACACGCAGAGCUUCAUGGGCCACGCCAUGGCUCUCAUGCGUGACGAGUCGUAUCACAAGCGUCCGGCUAUCGAGACGGUGCGUGCUAUUAAACUUUACGCUUACUCGUUGGAACGCUAUGGUAAGUCUCCGUAUAUCUAUCCGCUAUACGGUCUGGGUGGGCUGCCCGAGAGUUUCUCGCGUCUCUGUGCUAUCAACGGUGGCACGUUCAUGCUGAACCGGUCGGUGGAUGAGAUCCUCACGGACAAAGACGGCAAGGCGUGGGGCAUCAAGUGUGACAAUGAAGUGGCCAAGGCCAAGCUGGUGAUUGGUGACCCGUCCUACUUUCCUGCUCAAAAGGUGCGCAAGACCGGCGUGGCUGUCCGCUCGAUCUUCGUUCUGAACCACCCCGUGCCCAACUCGAACAACGCCGAGUCGCUGCAGAUCAUUAUCCCCGCUGCUCAGGCUGACCGCAACAAUGACAUCUAUGUCGCUGUUGUGUCAUCUGCUCACUGCGUUGCGCCGCAAGGGAUCUACAUUGCCAUUGUGAGUACGCUCGCGGAGACAUCGGUGCCGUUGCAGGAGCUGGAGCCUGGUGUGAAGCUGCUGGGCCCGUAUCUGGAGCGCUUUGACGCCAUCACGGACAUGUUCGAGCCCGUGACGGAUGGCAAGGAGGACAACUGCUUCAUCAGUGCCUCGUAUGACCCGACGAGCCACUUUGAGACAACGUCUGAAGAUGUGCUGGACCUGUACAAGCGCAUUACAGGCGAGGAUCUCGACAUGAACAUUAACGCCGAUUCAACUGAAGUGGAGCAGUAA